UUCCCAUAUGCGUCGCUUCAGACUCCGCCAGGUGAUCGAUGGAUCUCCAUCUCUUCAACUGAACAUCACUGGAAGUCUAAAGUGAGGUGGGCCAUGGGUCCGGCGUGGGAACAUCGACGACGAUCGUAACUAAAGUUUUCGGCGGAGCCAGGGCACGAUGAGCGCAGGGUACAAAGACUGACAAGUGAUCUACCUGGUGCUUGAAAAAAGUACUGAAGAAAAAGCAGGUAUUCGAUCAACCACCCGUCAACACGUGCCAUCACAGCGAGGGCUCCCAGGGAGGUCACCUUCUUGCACACGGUUGUAACGCGCAAUAAGAGACGAUGACGACCGUUACGACAAAUAAAUCAGAGCUGGAGCUUCACAAACUCCUUGAACGAGCAGUCCUUCUCUCCUACUACGACAAAUUCGUCGAGAUAGGCGGGGACAUUGUGCAGCAGCUUCGUGACUCCAGCGGACACGAUUUCCAGGAGUUGAUCAACAUGGUAGACAUGGCCAGAAAGCCACCUCAUGUCAAGAGGUUCAAGAAAGCACUGGCAGAGUGGAAACCAGACACAGUUGCAGCAACGUCCACUCCAGCGGAUGGAUCAGAAGGGGAGCUUCACAACCUACUUCGAGGAGCGGAUCUUCUCUCCUACCACGACAAGUUCAUGCAGAUAGGCGGGGACAAUGUUCAGCAGCUUCGUGACUCCGUGGGGAACGAUUUCCAGGAAGUGAUUGACCUCGUUGAUAUGGCCAGAAAGCACUUUCACGUCAAGAGACUCAAGAAAGCACUGGGCCAGUGGACAGGACAGUCAGUCGCGGUAGCGUCCAGUGCGGCCGACGAAUCAGAAGGGGAAGUUCACGAAUUACUUCGACGAGCGGAUCUUCUCUCUUAUCAUGACAAGUUCAUUGAACUGGGCGAAGACAAUGUGCAGCAGCUUUGUGACUCAACGGACGAAGAGUUCCAGACACUCACCGAGCACGUAGGCAUGGCCAGAAAGCCCCUUCACGUGAAGAGAUUGAAGAACGCACUCAAACAGGGGUCAGGCCAUUCAGCCGUAAUGACGUCCAUUCCUUCAAACGAGUCGGAGCGUGAAGUUCACGAACUGCUUCAGCGAGCGGAUCUCCUCGCCUACUACGACAAGUUCAUCGAGAAAGGCUUGGACAAUGUGCAGCAGCUUUCUGACUCGACGGAAGAAGAGUUCCAGGAGUUCGUGGAUCUUGUUGGCAUGGCCGAAUUCCCUUUUCACGUGAUGAGGUUGAAGGACGAACUGGAACAGUGCACAGGGCAUCCAGGAACUUAUCCGGCUGGUCAAUUUGAUCCCCACGUGGAAAGGUUGCAACAGUGGAAAGACCUCAGGAAGGAAAUGCACGAAGCCAUUGCGGCCAAAGACGAGGCUCGUGUUCUAAAGUGCCUGAAUGCUAUGCCUGUAUUGAAACUGUGGCUGGAUCCUGUCACAAAAAAGUCAGCUCGUUACAAAGCAGUCGAAGAGAAAGCUUUCCGUAUUCAUGGUCUCUUAAUCUCGCGCGAAUGCGCCCUCAAAGACGACGAAGAAUCAUCGUGUUACCAAGGUCUCACACGCCUUGAACGAGCUGAAAUUCGUCGGCAACAGUAUUACACCACCAAAUACGAGGACUCUUACAUCGACUAUCUGAAAAGCAAAUCGCGGAGCACCACCGAAUGUGAUGACUUCGGUGUACGAUUGGAGAAGAUGUUUAAGCAGCUCUCCAGUGAUGAAGUAAACAGGAUUAUUCUCAAAGUUGUUUCAACAGCACCACACCUAGAAAUAGUGUUCGACUCUGCGGCUGAAAACGUUCAGAGGAUUACUGGAUCCGGCGGGUGUUCCACACGCGGUCUGACCUAUCCUGAAGAACAAAUGGUUUGCGUUUGCGGCAGCACAGAGAAGCGAGAAGUUUGGGGAACUCUCAUUCAUGAGUUGUCCCACAUGGCACUGUCCUUAGUUUACAAGAAUGAGGGAAAGCCAUAUAACCGCGGCGACAAGGAGAAGGAACAUCAUUACCAAGAAAUUCUGAACGAUGUUAAAGGAAGGAAAAAUAAUGUGCAUUUCCUUAUCCAGAAAGCCUUCGACAAUAAUGAGGAAGAAGAGCUAAUUGUACGGAUUCCUCACAUACUGACCGAAUGUGGUUGCGACGAAGGAAAUAGGAUUCUGGAGCUUCAAGUACCGAAACUACUAAAGUUUUUCAAGGACGCUGUCAUGCCAGACAUGCAGAGAUACAUUCUGAAUGGAAUCCGGUCCAUAGAUUCAACGGAAAUCGAAAAAGAAAACACAAGACUUGGAAAGGCUUUCCACAUUGGCCAAUUCAAAGUCAAUUUCGAGAAGCCGCUGGACCUGCGUGACCUGCAAAAUAUGCCUCUUCUCGUCCUUGCGGGUCCAGAACUGAGUCUCCUCGAAAUAAUGGUUCACAACACUGUGCAAUCCACGGGGCAGCCAUACUUGUUUUUCGAAGCAAACCAAAUGGACGAUACGCUAAAGCAUGUGUUAUUGAACUACAAAUGUCGAUUGGUGCUUGUCACGGUUUAUCCAAACAAAAACGUCCAAGAUAUUAUUGCACUUCUGAGUGAAGUAUCCCGUGUGACUGGAACAAACGUCAUCUUGGUUGUGAAAAACAGUGACAAAGAGUACUUGUCGAAUUUGUACAAAUUCUUUGCCGGGAAACAUGAAGUUCGCAGUAUCGUUGAAGCAGACAUCGAAAAUGUCACGCGCGACAGCAAAGAAGAAUUGUUUAAAAAUUCUUCGUUAAGCCUUCAGGGCGAAUAUGGUUCAAAAUUUUCGAAUGUAAUGCAUACUGAUACUUUCGUACGCUGCUUAGACACUUCGGUUUUCCUAAACCUGUGCCAAUAUAAGACAAUUGACCUGGGACCUCGUCUUCAUGAACUUGAAGGUUCUGUCAUGAACUGUUAUGUGGAGCGAGUGUUUACAAGGACUGUGCAAAUUAACCUGAAAGCGUGCAGACUUGACGAUGACAAGGAGGCUUUCGCGCUUCUGAAGUGUCCGCAGGAAUACUUUGCAAAACUUGUACCUGAUGGCUACGAGGCAAAACAUCAGGAAAGUUUAGAGCGUUUUGAAAAAUUUGUGGUCCUCCAAGAGUCACGUGACUACGACGCUCUCUUAGAGAAUGUUAUUUACCGAGACAAGACAGUGCAUCUGUUCCGCAUCAAUGAAUCGGGUAACGGACUGUUGUGGACUAAAUCAAAUGGCCCUCUCAGUCACCUUCCAAUGACGGGAAGUGACGAUUACACAACAGAGAGGUUGCUGAACGUGCCCGAGAAGAUCGUCCUCGUCACUGGCGCACCUGGUAUGGGAAAGAGUGUGUUGGCAUCUCGGUUGUGUACACAGGUAAAAACUCAAGACAAGAAGCGGUGGGUGCUCUACGUCGACCUUCUUCAGAGAAUGGCAUCUGUUGAAACUGUGUCGCCUAGUCUGAAAUAUCUAGCGGAUCUGUGCCAAGUACGAAAAGAUGGUCUGGAGUUCGUUUUGUUCGAAGAAAGCUUGAACAAUGGUAGCCCUUUCGAAGUCGUCGUCAUGUUGGAUGGUUUCGAUGAAGUUAAUGAGAAAUGUCGCAAGCAUGUGUUCGACCUUAUACAGUUUCUAGCUAACAAAAAAGAUUACAAGGUGUACCUUCUUACUCGCACUGUGUUUAAACCCCAUGUACAAGAUACCUUGCACACUGUGUCAUAUGACCUCAUUCCUUUUUCUAAUGAAAACCAGAAUGAAUUCCUCACAAGAUAUAGGGCCCAAAGAGAAACUCCAGCGACCAGCAAUGAGGCAUUUCUGCAAAAAUUCCAGCAACUGUACUGGACAUUGAAGAAGAAAAACAAGACAAUCCUAGAAACCCCUCUUCUACUUCGUAUGAUGGCUCAGAUAGAGAGCGGGGAAAUUACGAAGUCGGACGAUUACUCUUCGUUGCUCAAAAUUGUUGACAUUUCCGGUGGGCGCAGUAUAUACACUGUACACAUGUACAAGAUGUUUGUCGAGUACAAGCACCUUGUGCACCGAAAGGAAAAGGUGAAGGAAGACAUCUCCCGAAGUACUGUGCGAGGCGACAACCAUGACGCGAAGUCUCCAUUCUACGUAAGCCAUGGUCUCCUGGCUAUGAAGUGUAUAUUUCCUCAGGAUAUAUUGAAGAACUUAUUGAAUGAAGACGAAUUAGUGCAGUUAGAUCCCGAAGGAAGUUUCAUCACCGGCGUGGAUUCUUUCAAAGAAGGUUUUGUGCAUAGAAUUAACGAUGGAGGAAUUCCCGAGUUCGUUCAUAAGACUUUUGCCGAAUUUUUCGCAGCUCACUACCUGUUGGAAAGGGCAAAAGGAAGAAAAAAAUCCGGGUUUACGGAAAACGUCGUCGGAUUGUAUGGUAAAAAAGACUACGAGGGUGUAAUGCUGUUGUUCGAUGGACUGGCGUCGGCUUCCUAUCCACUUCACUCUGCUGUGAUAAACAACGACGCUUCAUAUUUCGAGCAAUGUGAUAUUCAAACAGAAGACAUGCUGGUUGGCGAUGAGAUCAAAAGGACGCCAUGGCACGUAGCAGCCCUGCAUUCUGAUAAAGCAACAUUGAAGAGGCUUCCAAUGGAUGAUGAACUAAUCGAGAAUGAUUUAUUUAAUAUGUCACCGUUGGGGUACGUGAAACUCUUUUUCCUCCGGGACGAAGAAUGGAUGGAAGAUCUGUGGGAAGGGUCUACUAUGCAUUUUUUGUCGAGUAUGGGUAUGAAGAAAUAUCUGUGGUCUGACCCUUCAGCUCUGAGAGAGAGACUCAACGUGUUGUACACUCGAUGCAGUGAGGAAGCAGUGAAACAUUCUACCGAAAAUCUGCGCAGGUGUGAAACCUUCGAGCAAAAGAGACGUUUUCUAGAGCGAGCAAUAUUCACGGCUGUGAUACACGACCUACGAGGCGUUUUAGACGUGUAUCUGAGCUAUGUGUCCCCGAGAGAGAGUACAGUAGAUCUAGACAGAGACAUCAUGGACCAAAUAGAAUCACGCAAGGAACGAAGCUUGAGAUGUUCUGCAGAGCCUUCAGUAAUUGGAAACCUUGAUGACUUUGCAGACUCUGACUAUAAAACUGCCCCUUUUUACGCAAAGUCGGAGCUUGUUUGCAAAAUGCUCCUUCCUUACUGCGAUAUGGGAAUUCGUGACGAGGAUGGAGACACAAUGUUGCACAAUAGCGCGAAUGAGGGAAAUCUGGAGACAACACAGUUUUACCUCGCACGUAUAUCCAUUAACGAAAGAAAUAGAUACUUUCAAACUCCUUUGCACUUGGCUAAAGAUGCAGAGAUGGUGAAGCUACUUCUUCCUCUUUAUCCCUCAGUGAAUGUUCUCGAUUAUUAUGAAGAAACUCUUAUGGAUAUCCAUAAGAGUUUCUUCAUAUAUCACAUGCAAACUCUAUGGCCUUAUUUGCGACACAGUGACCCUAGGCAUGCACACAGGAUCAGCAGAAGCGAUGUGUCUGUGUGGAUCAACGAGGAUUUCCAAGAAGAAAUUUGGUGUCUGAAACUUCUCUUCCUCCAUUUAGAUGACAUCGCUGAUGAUCGUUAUAGCCGUAAACUGCUACAUGAUGUGGCCAAGGAGAAGCUACGUAAAAUAGAAGUUAAUUAUAUUAGUUACAUGAAGAUGUUACUGCCGCAUUUAAAUCUCGCUGAGCAGGAUUAUGUAAAAUAUAGCGCAGGAAAUGAUGACAUUGUUACCUUAUAUCGGAGAUGGUCGGACAUGAAUAACAUCGAUAAUCCCCACAUUGACGAUGUUGACACCGAAAUGAUCGAUAACGAUGGCAGUAUGAAGUUGCUAGUAAAAGCAGAGGAAGGUAAUGUGGAAGCUGUGGAACUUCACCUCUCCCAUUCAUCCGUGUACUUUACAGAUGGAAAAGGGAACACUGCAUUGCACUUGAGCGCGAAGAAGGGACACGCGAAUGUGGUGAAGCUUCUCAUUCCUCUUUAUACAUCAGUGGACGUGAUCAAUCUGGAUCGAGAGACACCCAUGCAUGUGUGCGCCUCAAAUGGACACCUGACUGUUGUGAAGUUAUUAUUACUCCGCUCUAGUAUGAGUUCCCGUGACAUAUAUGGAAGGACACCUCUUCACUUGGCCUGUGAAAGUGACGCCGUUGAUAUUGUGAACUUCCUUCUUCCCCACUCAUUCCCUAAUAUGCUGAGCUGGAGGGGUUCCACGUGCUGCGCUCUUUCCGCUAAAAGAAGAAAAAGGAAUGUUGUGAGAUGUCUCAUCCCUCACUCUCUUAUAAACUGUCCUGAUAUGAUAGGCGAUUCACCAACGCGAACCUGUGUAAGGCGUUAUAUGAGAAAAGGGUUGGUGACAUUAUUGCCGUAUUCUUGUGAUUAUGAGGCACAGAGUUUAUUGACUAUUUUGCCGCUGCCAUUUUGGAAGGAGUAUACGAGUAUGGGAACUAGGCCUUGUCUGAAACUGAUGGUACUCCACUCAGAUGUCAAGGCAAUAGAUAAGUGUUUCUGUGCAACACUCAGACACAUUCGAAAGUAUUAUCGAAAGAGUGAUUCAUUCUGGUGUCCAAGAGAGACUCAGAUAUCACUACUCCUGAACUAUAUUUCUCUCUUGCUUCCGCAUACAAAUGUUUCUGCUAAGGACGACGAAGGCAAGGAAUUAUUGCAAAAAUCCCUCCAAAGUAGUCAAGAUCCUGGAUUGAUUAGCGUGCUUCAGAAAUGGACUCGCUUGAGUGACUUUCAUUCAUGAUGCUGACGAUUGUUUGCAAUGGUUGUGGUUAAGCACCAAGUGGCACCGAGUUGUCAGUGGACACGAGCUCUGCAGACGAUAUGGCAGUUUUAAGAGAGGUAUCAACAGCAACAUACUGAGUCCUUGCCUUCAUCCGAGAAAGCACAAAUAUUCAUCCAGUGUCAAAAAUGAAAGAAAACAAAUCACUCCUGUGAUUUUUUGUGAUUGUCAUUACGACUAACGCAUUUUGUUUCUUAUUCCUUAUGUUACAAAGUACCGUUCCGUAGUAGGUUCAUAAGGUGAUUUGAAAAUGUGUAAAAAUUGUGUCUAUUCCUAAUGUUCUAGUAAUAUGGUUAGCUAGGAUAUGCCACAGUAUUAGAAUACGGCUGCGUGCGAUUAUGUUUGGUGUCAAAUGUAUAUACCCAAAUGUCAAAUGUAAAUGAAAUAAAGUGUUUUUUGCACAUUGGAGAGGCCUUAAUUCAAAUUAUUUUGGAACUCUCGCUCACUUCGCUGCAGAGUUGUGUAAAGUAAAUAUUGUCGAGCGAAACACAUGUGCGAUACAGUCGUACUUUUAUUACGACCGAAUAAAUGUACGGGUUCCAAAUUGCUUUUCCAGUUAUCGUUACAGAUUACGGAACAUAUUAGUUUGAAGUAAUCAAGGUUCGUGUAAAGGAACCUCGACUGACUCAAAUAUGCCUGUUACAAAUUGGAUUUGUGUAUGUGCGAUUAAAUGAUUAUAUGCAGUUGUC